AUAUAAGAGACCUAGCCAUAGAGGGAAGGUAACACAGCGGAUUACUUCCCUGCCAGGCUCACCAUGUUUCUGGUACACACUGUGACUGUUAUUUCUGUGACUGUGGCUCUCCUGCGCUCGGUGGAAGGUAAGGGUGUACAGAUGCAGAGAGACGUUCAGUGCUGUAUGCAGUACUCACAGGGGAAAGUGCGCACCAAAGACGUCCUGAGGUUUGAAAUGCAAACGGAGGGGCCAGACUGCAGCAUACAAGCCAUUAUACUGUACACCAAGAAGGCAGUAAAGUGUGCUGACCCCAGAGACAGAAAGGUCAAGAGGUUACUGAGGAAGCUGCUGGAGAGACAGAGGACCAAGGCUCAUAGGACUCUGUGGCUCCAUCCUUAUGGCAACCUGCCAGUCAUGUCGGAGGACAAGAAGGAUGGGUGUGAUGUUCUCCAUGUGGAAUGAGUGUGACAUUUCUGUUACCACAUGAGAAUUAUUUUCAUAGGUGACGGCACUUCAUGUUUUUAUUCCAGCAAUAUUGUACUAUAAUGCUGAUGUGAUGACUAAGUAACUGGAAUUUAUGGUGCACUUAAAAAUGCACUUCAGAUUUGUUUUUUUUAACCAGUGUGAAAGUGGUCCUUUGAGACAAAAUGGGUACCUGUUUUUUGUGUACCAUCAUCCAAUUGUGAUUACAUCACCCAUUUCAUAUGGUAUGUAAUUUGUUGCAAUUAAUGACUCCAAUUCAUAACAUAUCAUACAAAUCUGGUGUGACAAAGACACUGGAAUGCACCUUGAAUACUGUACAUUGCCCUUUGGGAGUCUUUUAUAAAAGUUAACUGAAGAUUUAUAAAAAUUAACUGAACUCUCUCUCGUCAUUGUAGGCCAAAUAAACUUCCAGAGGCUUGUCAUCCUAACUCAGCCAAGCUUGUUGACUCUCCAGUCGUCUUGUGUCACUAUCUAUCUGCCUGGGAGUGUCUAGUGGCUGAGCUUUCAUUGCCAUACAGUCAAGAGUCCAUGAGAGGUUUUGAUAAAUAGCUAAAUGUCUUUUACACUGACUGUCGCUGACUAUGCCAAAGUAUUUGCCAAGUAUUUCUGAUUACUUUCUAUUCCAAGAAACCGUCCUUCAACAUCUAUUUAUGGCUGUUUGUCUUCAUUGAAGGCUUGUUCGUGCCUGAAUCACUAUGUAAUGUAGAAAGAUGCACUGUAUGUUUAAACACAUCUAAAAUUGAUCUUUUAUAAAUAACCUGAAUUAAUGA